CCAGCAUACAAAGCCUCUUUCAUAUAAGGAUAUACACUUAGAUACUGAGGGAUGGAAAGCUAUCUAUAUAAACCUCCCCUCUGUCCCAUCCCAGUCUACCAAGCCCAACCACAUCUCUAUACUAAGAAGACCCAUCAUUAGCCUCAACAGAUUAGCCAUUAGCCAUUAGCUAUAGAUCGGUAUUAGGGCACGAUGCCUCAACGUCCCUCCUCGUCUUCGCUCGAUUGUUCUUCUUCACCUUCUCUUUCCUCCUCCUCCUCCUCCUCCUCCUCGCCUCCUACCUCUCCUACCUCUCCCACCUCAACCCAUAUCAACCACCACCAUCGGAAACCAACCCCUUCCAACAAAGACCCAACGACAAAAGCCAGCGCAGAUCCUGCACGCUCAGCCAUAUCCCGAUCCGCAGCGCACUUCACACGCAGCUGUUGUCCCAGUCCCAGUCCCAGUCCGACACAUGGGUCCGGUCUUACUACUACUACUACUACUACUACUACUACUACUACUACUACUAGCACUAGCACCAGUAUCUGGACCGGAAACGGAACCGGAAACGGAAAAAUCCAAGGACAACAAGGCACCGAGGACCCAUUUACGUUACCGUCUCCAAUGGGCUCGCCAACAUGCAGUCAAAUUUCGGCGCGGGGGACGACGGGGAAGCGCGUGGAUGUUCCUCCUGUUGCUGGGGUUUGUUCUGGAUCUGGGUCUGGGGCCGAGAGAGAGAACAACACCGGUUCGUUGUUGUUCGCUGGGGCGUCCGAGGACGAUGGAAACCCCGCGUUGCAGAGCCGAGAGCGGGUUCUGGCUUGGUUGGAUGGCGAGAACGACGACGUUUUGAAGGGUCGGUUUCGGGCCUUUAGGCGCGGGGCUGUUUCAGAGCAAGGCGGGCAGGUAGGUAGGUGCGGGAUGGGAUAUAUAUACGGGGAGCUUAUUGAGGGAGACGAGACUGGGACUGAAUGGGACGGUGGAAGUACGUCAUGAGAUAUUACCUAGGUAGGAGCUGGAACUGGAACUGGAACUUUUCAUUCAACGGGAAAAAGGCUGCUUAAAUACAAGAUGCAGAUGAAUCGGCACAUAACAGUGACUGAUAUAGCAUAAACAGAGCCGCGGCGAGAGUAUGUCGCGUUGCCUAGAGAAAGCCGAAAUAGAUCGUAGGUAGGUAGG